AUGCAGAGAGCUCUUUCUUCCAGGACGUCUGUCCUUUCCGCUGCCUCCAAGCGGGCUGCUUUUACCAAGCCUGCUGGCCUUAACCUGCAGCAGCAGCGUUUUGCCCACAAGGAGCUCAAGUUCGGUGUCGAAGCCCGUGCUCAGCUCCUCAAGGGUGUUGACACUCUGGCCAAGGCUGUGACCUCGACUCUUGGUCCUAAGGGUCGUAACGUCCUGAUUGAAUCUCCCUAUGGCUCCCCUAAGAUCACCAAGGAUGGUGUCUCUGUUGCCAAGGCCAUCACUCUCCAAGACAAGUUCGAGAACCUCGGUGCUCGCCUUCUCCAGGAUGUCGCUUCCAAGACCAACGAGAUUGCUGGUGACGGUACCACCACCGCUACCGUCCUCGCCCGUGCCAUCUUCUCUGAGACCGUCAAGAACGUUGCUGCUGGCUGCAACCCCAUGGAUCUGCGCCGCGGUAUCCAGGCUGCUGUUGAAGCGGUCGUCGACUACCUCCAGAAGAACAAGCGUGACAUCACCACUGGUGAGGAGAUUGCUCAGGUUGCUACUAUCUCCGCCAACGGUGACACCCACAUCGGUAAGCUGAUCUCCACCGCCAUGGAGCGUGUCGGCAAGGAGGGCGUCAUCACUGUCAAGGAGGGCAAGACCAUUGAGGAUGAGCUCGAGGUCACCGAGGGUAUGCGCUUCGACCGUGGAUACACCUCCCCCUACUUCAUCACCGAUGCCAAGUCUCAGAAGGUUGAGUUCGAGAAGCCUCUCAUUCUGCUGUCUGAGAAGAAGAUCUCCGCCGUUCAGGACAUCAUCCCUGCCCUUGAGGCCUCCACCACCCUCCGCCGCCCCCUGGUCAUCAUCGCCGAGGACAUUGAGGGUGAGGCUCUCGCCGUCUGCAUUCUUAACAAGCUCCGUGGCCAGCUGCAGGUCGCUGCUGUCAAGGCUCCCGGAUUUGGUGACAACCGCAAGAGCAUCCUUGGUGAUCUUGCCGUCCUUACCAACGGUACCGUCUUCACUGAUGAGCUCGACAUCAAGCUCGAGAAGCUCACCCCCGACAUGCUUGGUUCCACCGGUGCCAUCACCAUCACCAAGGAGGAUACCAUCAUCCUGAACGGUGAGGGCAGCAAGGACGCCAUCGCCCAGCGCUGCGAGCAGAUCCGUGGUGUCAUGGCGGACCCUACCACCUCCGAAUACGAGAAGGAGAAGCUCCAGGAGCGUCUGGCUAAGCUCUCUGGCGGUGUUGCCGUCAUCAAGGUCGGUGGUGCCUCCGAGGUUGAGGUCGGUGAGAAGAAGGACCGCGUUGUCGACGCUCUCAACGCUACCCGUGCUGCUGUUGAGGAGGGUAUCCUCCCCGGUGGUGGUACUGCCCUUCUCAAGGCCGCCGCCAACGGCCUCGACAACGUCAAGCCCGAGAACUUCGACCAGCAGCUCGGUGUCAGCAUCAUCAAGAACGCCAUCACCCGCCCCGCUCGCACCAUUGUUGAGAACGCCGGCCUCGAGGGCAGCGUCAUUGUCGGCAAGCUUACCGACGAGUACGCCAAGGACUUCAACCGCGGUUUCGACAGCUCCAAGGGCGAGUACGUCGAUAUGAUCUCCAGCGGUAUCCUUGAUCCCCUCAAGGUCGUUCGCACUGCUCUGCUCGAUGCCAGCGGUGUCGCCUCCCUGCUCGGUACCACCGAGGUGGCUAUCGUCGAGGCCCCUGAGGAGAAGGGCCCUGCUGCUCCCGGCGGCAUGGGUGGUAUGGGCGGCAUGGGCGGCAUGGGUGGCGGCAUGUUCUAA